AUGUGUCACCGAUCCUCUGGCCAUCAGCGCCACGCGCCUUCGCGCCACGAAUCUCCACCGAAUAGGUCGUCUCGGUCCUAUGAAUCGCCCCAGUCUUAUCGACAGCAUAAAAAUUCCCAGUAUCGGGACGUGCCUUCGGGCAACUACUCUCCGCCGAGCAGGCAGCGCUACGCACAGCGUGAACAUUCUCAACAUAGGGACACAACUCACGAUCAACGUGAUUACUAUCAUUCCCCCCGACGCAGGCUUUGUCGCUCGCCUACCCGACAUAAUAGAUACAUAGAGUAUUCUCAGGGAGCACGUGCUCAUCCGAGCGAUUAUUCGUCCACAGAAAGUGACAGCGAUGAAGACUACUCACCUCGACAUACCUCACCGGCCAGACAGGAUCCUCGAGAUCAUUUUCCCUAUGAGGGAGAUCGUCACACCAGUGGAAGAGAUCGUUACGGCCGUGAGAGUGAUCACUCGCCCCGCCGUAUACUUCCCAGUAGAUAUGGGUCUCUACAUACUCGCACCCACGAGGACAGCCCCUUCUCUCGUGAGGCUGGGCCCCCACAGCACAGAGCCGAGACGCUGCCCCCCGCUCAGGCAGUAGACGACUACUUGAGUCGCCAAAUCAAGAACAUAAUUCUUUCUAUGUCCGAAGAGGUGAUUGCGGAAAGAGCUGCCCGAAUAGCAACGGAGACUUCUGAGGCUAGGCCAACCUCACCACAAAGCCAGACACCUGCUGUCACCACCAUUUGCGAGAAAGGUUAUGGCGGGGCUGCUACAACGACACACGUGGCUCUUAGGUCAAAAACACCGACAGAGAUCUGCGAGCAAAUGCAGGAUGAGGUGAAAGGGCUCCUCCCAAUGGAGUAUGACAGCAAUGCUGAGGCCCCCUUAAUGCCAUACGGAUUUGGUAGUGCUUGGGACAACAGUGCCUCAGGAUGUAUCUUCCCCUGGAAGUAUGGCGCUACAAACUCCUGCAGCCUGGGGCUUUGUAAAGACAUGUUCAUGGGCAAACCGUGCAGGAACAAUACGUGCACACACGCACACAAUUGGCUUUCAUACGAUCAACUUGCAUACUUGCUGAGUCAGCCCGAUGCGAGAACAAGGAAAGCGGCAAGGGAAUUUGUUCAUGAUUUUUUCCCGCUGUGGUUCCAUGCCUGGGUCAGCAUGGACAUGCCCACUUUCGAUAACCAUGUGCCCCCCAAGCCGCCAAAAAGUCUAGCCAAGUCAUGGCGUCUUCCACUGUCGAAUUGA